UGGGGAUGGACUUCCAUUGCUCCACUGCCAUCCGAUGAAACAGGUCUGCGGCUCCUGCUCCAGUUGCGACGAACGCAGAAAGGAAUCGCGCGGGGCUGAUUUGGACCUGGUGGGUGUCACCCUGGACGAUCAGGGCUUGAGGGGAACAUCAGCUGCGAUCCCCAAGGGACGCGAGUUGAAGUUGUCUCCAGGGCAUUUCGGGAUGGAGAACUGCUGUGGCGAGGCGGCCACGCUCACCGUCCCCGCUCCUCCGGAGCUGUGGGAGGUCAUCAAUGAAGAGACCUUCACGGAGGCCUUCACGUCAUCCCCCAAGGCACCGAGGCAAGAAUACAUGGAGCCUGCGCCUCCAGGCGGUGAGCUGGAGAAGGCCACCUUGGCCAAUCCGGCGGCGCCCACGACGUUGCCCCACGAAAUGCCAUGGGCCAAGGUGGAGGACUUGGCAAGUGGAUUGGGUGGGCAUGGUGGAGGUCCUGCCUUAGGUCCACCCACCUACGACAAAGAGCAUGGCUGCUGCCUUCCCGGUCGUCGGAUGAAUGAGUACGAGAUCCUGGAACAACUCUGGACAUCCAAGUGGGUGGCCUGGUGCUGUUGUGUGGGCUUUGGCAUCUCGCGCUACAGUGCUCCCUUGGGGGUGGACUUCAAUUGCCUCUGUGUGAACACCAGCUGCCAGACGACAUCUCUACGAGAGCAGCAUGGUAGCUGCUGCGGGACAUUCACAGAGCUGUGUUGCUGCCGUUGCAUGUGCCGUUGGCCGUGCCUCACGGGUGAUCCCCGCUGCGUGUGCUGCAGCCUACACCUUUGCGGCCUAGUGGGGUCCAUGGCCAAGGAGCUGCAAAAGGAGGAACAUCUGCCCAUCGGGCAGAAGCAGUCCCGUUUGUGUGCCAUUGACGAGAGCUUUUCCAGGGCCACCAUACCUUGCUGGUGCUGCUGUUGGGGGACCGGCUUUUCCUUCCCGCGCACUUGCGCGGACACCUACAUCAAGUGCAUGCAGUGUGAGUACACCUUCAGCACAAGGAUACCAUCAAUGCAAGCAGGGCUGUGCUUGCAUAUGGUGAACUGCUGGUGCUGCUAUUCCUUAGGAAAGUGUCCACCGACCGGCGUUACCUACAACCCGAUCUGCGCCUGUUGUGGUUAUCGCUGUCGCGACUAUAUCAACGAGCGGAUUCGAAGAUGGAGAAUGCGACGGAGAUUGAACAAUCAUGGAGGAGGGAUCACCGGUGACCCGCUCCAGUGGAUCACUCGUGAAGAAUGGCGCGGACAGGUGGAUGGACAAAUCGAAAGUUGGCCACAUCCUGUGGCGGUCGGGACCAGGACCUGAACCGAGCCUGGAACUUGCCUGGACAUGUUGGAUUUCGGCGGUCAAGAUGAGCUACCGGAGCCACGCAAUUUAAGACCUAGGUCACUAGGUCAUUUCAACAGCAUUUCGCGUUGAUCAUGAGCUGAGCCAUGCCCAGCCAGUGAGUGGUGCCCAACCACACGGCUUGAAUGGCUUUUAUGGAUGAACAAUAGAAGCGCUAGCAACCGACUGAUCGAAUUUUGCGCAUGAC